AUGGACAACCGAAGUCUUGUCGAGAGAAACGGGAAAACGCUCCCUCUUCUAGCCACGCCGUUCGCCGAGAGUUUGCAGGAAUGCCUCGUCUACUUGGAUGAAGCGCAUACUCGGGGCACCGACCUGAAGCUCCCACCGCCAGCCCGUGGGGUCCUCACUUUGGCUCUGGGGCAGACGAAAGAUCAUACGGUUCAAGCCGCCAUGCGACUCCGACAACUGGCUACAACACAAUCAGUCACUUUCUGCGCUCCGCCAGAAGUCUAUCGCAGCAUCUUGGAUAUACGUCGCAAAAGGAAUGGGAUGCAAAUCAGCUCGUUCGAUGUCAUCCAUUGGUUGCUUGAACAGACCUGUCGAAACAACGAGCAACUCCGAAGCCUGUUCAACGCCCAAGGAAUUGACUUUUGUCGCCGAACGAGUGCUACUCGGCAACACCCCAAAUUUCUCUCGGAAGAGGCACAUAGGUCAGCUCUUCUUGACGUCAUCAAAUCCCCCGAACAGAUCAUGCUCGAUGAACUUUACGGGGGCGCUGCGCGGGCCCAGCGAAACAGUGCCCCGGACAACUUUCACUCCAGCCUGAGCGGCAUUGCAAAGAAGCUUGAGAGAUACAGAACUGGCUAUGGAAGCACUUCGUCUCCUAUUCAGCGCUCGCUUAUGGAGGAAGUAGAACAAGAACGUGAAGUGGAAUUCCAGGUAGAGGAAAUACGCCAAAUCCAAAAGCCUCGCCACUUCAAGAGCCUCCGCUUCCUCGGUCUGCAUCCGGCUAUCUCUUCAUUUGUCAGGACUGGCAGACUCGACGGAGAUUCAGGUUUCGAGAUGGCGUCCACCUUUCUUGCAAACACAGGCCUGGGGCAAAAGUACCACAUCCGCGCUCCAGGGUCACGACUGUUUGUAUCCGCCGAGUUCACACGCACCGUUGAGAUGGGGUCGGAGAGUCCGGAUGACAAUUUUCUGAGACCUGUCGAGUGGAUUCUCUGGGGUUCUGCUCAUGAGACCGCCUUGGUGAUCGUUCCAGAGGAGGCGGAGCUUUUGAUACCAGUCAUAAGGGCCUUGGAGAAUGCGCCGGUACACUUGAUCCCUUACGCCGCAUCGACGACCAAGGGCAUGGUCCAAUCAAACAAGCUGGCCGGUUACGUCCUGCCCUCCCCUCUCAGCAACAGCACUUUGCCUUUGUGGCUUUCAAUUGAGCUGGGCUUGCUUGGCGCUAGAUUGUAUUUCGAUUUGGAGGAAUAUUCGAUGCUCCUGGAGCACCUACGCUCCGUGGUCAAAGUCGGCGGCGCCACAUCUGCUGGAGCUGCAUCUGGGAAAGCUUCCGCAGGCACCUCAGCUGGGGAUAUCUACGCCUUUCUGCUCGAAUGGUUGACCAUCCGGCGCAAAGGGCAAGAUAUUCUGCACACCCCUAUGGGCUACAUUUGCCAGGGUCGUCAGCUGGAAGCAAGUCACCCCUUCUUUACGGCGAAAGAGGCAAGCACGAUGGAGAAUUGCGAGACUGAAAGGGCAGAAAGCAGCCGUCCAGAGCCGGAAAGCCAGGAAUGA